AUGUUGCAAGUCGUGUCGUUGUCACUUGGGUUUAUAUUUUUCGUUGAGUUUGCAUCCGGUGAUUCGAUCACUCCUCCACCAAGCUGUGAUGGCUUUUACGGUUGCAUAUCGUCAAUGCGCCAAUCCGAUUGUCCAACCGGUGAAAUAUUGAUUUCCGGAGAAUCACUAAGCGGAUGUUGUCCUGGUUGCCGCGGUGGUCAACAGCACAUGAAGGUCUGCAAUGUGAAUGUCGCCAAUCGGCGGUGCGCCCCGGGGCUUAAGUGCGUCGAUAGGAAGUGUCUGUACGAUCGCACAACCUGUCUCCACACGAUUCACAUGCAAGAGGAGGAUGAGUUGGCUGGUUGGUACCCACGAUGCAACACCGAUGGAACCUACGCCAGCAAGCAGUGCCGAGGUGAUCGGCUUUCCGGACGUUGCUUUUGCUACAGCGAAGACGGUCGGCGUUUGUUCGGUUGGGAUUGGUACAAAAACGCAGCCAAAAUGACAUGUGCCUGCAGUCGACGUCGUGCGAAACUGGAAGCUGAAGGUCGCAGUGGGGUUACCCUUCAUUGCACCCAGAAUGGUAACUACGAGCAACUACAAUGUGAUUCUGGAGUUUGCUGGUGUGCUGAUCAGUACAGCGGUGAUCCACUGGUUGGUACAACGGUAGUUCAUGGAAGCCUCUGGACGCUAUUACCUUGUUAUAACAGCACCAUUCACGGCAACAGCUACCUACGGCAGUGUGAAAGUGCCGCUUUUGCGCAAAAAGCGAUACAGAAAAAGUUUUCCCUCCGUGGAACGAUUGGCGUUACGUUCAACGAAAUUCAGUGCGACUACGAUGGAUCGUUCGGUAGAUUCAAAGUUGAAAACGGAAUAGUUUACUGCACGUGGAGGGACGGGAAGAAAAUCGGCUCCUUUCAGGUUCGAUCCAGUCUGCUUUCCUCUGUAAACUGCAAUUGUGCCCGUGAUACUCUCAUCUAUCAGGAAGCAGGAAUUCCCUUUACUCUAUCCUGCGGAGGCAACGGAAAUUACGAAUACGCCCAGGAUCAAAACGGAAAACUGUUUUGCGUUGACGGUGACGGAUUUGUGGUUUCCACCGAUGUCCGCCCCGGCGAGAGCUGUGACAAGUAUAUAUACAAUUCAGAAUUUUACGUAGAGGACUAA